GAUUACCUUAUUAUUCAUUCCUACCUUACUUUCACUUCACUUCUUCUUUCUCUCUCUCUCUCUCCCGCUCUCUCUCCCUCUCUCUCCUACGCACUCAUCCCGUACACACAUAUAUAUAUAUAUACAUACCUAUUAUUCCCUCCCAUUCUCGUGGACGGCAAGUAGCAACAUGAUCUGGUAGAAAGAAAAAUCUCUCACUCUCUCUCUCGGGUCCAGUGGCGGCACAGCGUCGAUGGUGGGACUCAUGUCAGCCACGCAAGUGCCGGAAGCCAAUUGUGCAAUAUGCGGCGCUCCUCCGUUCCCCGAGUGUCCACAUGAGGGAGAAAGGCUGGAAUUGGCUCUGAAUCAAGCCUGGGACAGGUGGAUUUGGACCGAGACGAUCCGGUGUGUGUAUCUGUACCUGUAUCCGUCUGUCUUGUCUCGUGUGUUGUAUGUGUGUGUGUGUGUUAACACAAACAUGUUAUUUUUCCUUGCAAUUGCUUUUUUCCAGAAAAUGGGUCCUCGAUCACGCCCGCAACCAAAUCAUCACCACCUUUAACGAAAUGCGAGCAAUGCGCAUCGAAGCUCAUCGGAAUUACCUCCAAACGCUCCCCUUCUACACCCUCUACCAUCGCUACAACGGCGCCCCACCGCUCGGAGCCGCACAACUACAACUCAUCCACUCACAAAUUUCCUCGGCCAACCACACACUGCAACAAGGCGUGGAUCAAGACUGGCGCACGUCGUGCAUGCAAUAUCCACAAGUUCUCGAUUAUUACUUCAAUUUGGUCUCGGUGCGUUUGCCACGAGAAGACGAUACCGUUAUUACGGAGCCGGUGUUUGGCGUUCCCAAGGACCCCCCACGAAGAGUCAAGGAGAAGGAGAGAAGGGGUGCUGCUGCUGCUGCGGAAAGUGCAGAGUAUGGUAGAGAGACACGAACGCCGCCGCCACCGCCACCACCGCCGCCACGGACGCCGACGAGGGAGCAGCAGCAUCAUCAUCGGAAGAAGGAGAGUCGACGAAAUCGAACGGGAAGGACACCGCCGCCUGCUCCGAUGCCGUAUCAUCGAUAGAUGAGAGAAGAAGAGAAGAGAAAUGAGAAAUGAGAGAAACACAAAGUGGUGAGAGAAACA